AAUGAGUUAUUCAAAAUGAAAAAAAGAGGAGAUUUUUAAGAUAGUUGUUGUUCCAAAAAUCUAAUCCAAACUCGGAACUCUGUUCACCAUGGUCACCACUACCACCGCCACCCUCUUCCUCUCCCCACCACUUUUCACUGCAAAAUACUCCUCCUCCUCCCUCCGCAUCAACCACUCCCUCCUUCCCUUCCCUUCUCUCAAACCAAAACCCCUCCACUCCCCCUCAACUCCAACCCUUAAACCCUCGUUCCUCGUCCGAGUCGACGACGGCGACGCCGAUGCCGGAGGACCCGAUGGCUACGACAUGGACGAAGAAGAAGUCGAAGAGCUGGACAACAAGAAAGACUUCGAUGUUGAAUACGACCCUUUAGCUGCCGCCUCUGCUGCCACCGCUUCUUCUGCUACUAUUGACGUCGACAUUCAAAUUACUGAAAGCAAGAGCUUUGUGUCGACUCAAGGGUGGGACUCGGAUAUGGUGGUAGACUAUAGGAUAAAUGAGGAGGAGUUUCAUAAGAUUAGCUUGAUGGAUUGCGAUUUUUUUAUUCGGAAACCACCUGACCCGGAUAAUGAUGUUUAUGAUUUCAGGGAGAUGUAUGUCUCUCCACCGGAUACGGACGUGUAUUCUAUUCCAAAAGUUUUGGCUCCAAUGCCUCAAAAGUACAUCCGCUGUGCAAUGAGUGAUUAUGGCUGCUACAAUGUUACAGAGCCACCAAUUGAUGCACCUCGAGAUCCACUUUAUAAAACGGAGCGAGAGGUCAUGAAGGUUUUCUUAACAAAACAUUAUAGGAACAGGAGAUUAGGUGACCCCGAAUUUGUGCUAGACUUUGAGGAGAUAUAUGUGAUUGAUUCAAAGACCAAGUCAAUUACCAGAGCAAAGGUUUUGGUCACUGUUCCAGGAGGAAGAAACCGGGAUAGAAAGAAUGACCUACUUGUUAUACGUGAUAACGGAAACUCCUUCAAAAUAAUUCAUUCGAGUGAAAGAGAUGAUCCUACAACUGUAAUCGAAAGGGAAGAAUGGGACAAAACCAGACAAGACAUGGAAAGACAUCUCAGGAAGCUACGAGAUUUCAGCAUUUCGAAUUGGUUCUAAUCGAACAUCGAGGUUGUUUCAUGAAGAUUGCCUGGAUUUAUCAGCACGGUGAGAAAAUGAAGGAUGAACUUGUAAAAUCAAAACUUGAGACUUAGGAUUAGGAAAUUCACUUUCUUCACCAAUGGUUCCUAGCUGAAGCUGAAAAUGGUUGAUGUUGUUGGCAUUAGCCAGGCACUUGGCGUGUUCAAUUUUGUUGUAUGUUGUUAGAACUUGUAAUUUAAUCUUUUCUUCUCUUGUAUAAUCGGUCUCUUUUACUUUGAAAAUUCUUACACUAGGCCCAUUUAAUAACAUGUUCUCUGUUAGGAAGGGCUCGCCUCUUUUGGUCCAACCGUA